CACAAAACAAAUGAAGAUGCGAUAUGUAAAAGCAAUAAAACCUACCUUUAAAUAAAUGAGGGAGUUCAACGGGUGUUGAGAGGUGCACAGAAUCUCUCUCAUAUUGAUUAAAGUACUUGAUUCACAUGAGAUAUGGUUUUAGAGGAUUUACGUGAAAUUCGGGGUCUUUAUUAAACGACAACCCCAAUGGUCAUCACGUGCGCUUAACUUCAUCGCACUAAAACGAACGCGUCGCUUGUAUUGUUAUCACAACAUGAUGACUGGUCCGAGCAGCCAGAGCCUCAGAGAGGCUCUCGAGCAAGUGAAACGUGGCGAAGACUACACCUUAGUGGGCUCGCAACAAGAAUUUGAGUCUUCUAAUAUCACUCUCCAGAAUCCCAAGUCAAUCGAUGAAGAAAUCGAACGCCAGAAAGAGAUAUUCUCCAAGCUUAAAUUCAUAUACUUGGAGCAGGAAACUCGAGAUAAAUUUCUUCGGAAGAUCUCCGAGCUCACGUCAGAUGAGAUCGACAAGAAUGACGUCAAGUUGAUAGAAGCGGAUUGCAUGGAGAAAAAAGCGGAGUUUAAAACCCUUAAGAAUGGCAUGAACCAGCAAUUACAGUCCUUGCAUCAGGUCACUAUUGACAGUGUGGACCUAUAUGAGGUGUAUCAGCAGAAGAAGCAAAAGACACAAGAACUUAUAGAUAGUGUUGCUGACCUUGAAAAGGAAAUCGACAAGAUAUUCGAGGAGGGUCAACUGGUGGGGGACCAAUUUUUGAGCUUGGCCCAAUAUGCAUCUGAGGAUACAAAUCUCGAACAAGUGUUAGACUUGAACAACCAAGAGUUGCAACGUGAAAAGGUGCAAAAUUCACAGCUAGAAAAUGAACUCAUCCAGAGAGAAUCUGACUUGGCUGCCCAACAGGCCACGAUCGAGCUGGCGGUUGCAAAAUUGCGGGACCUCAAAGUGCUUGCGCAAUCAUCACAGCCGUAUGCCACCGAUGACAAGUUACAGAAAUAUGCCAAAUGGUGCAAGGAGAUGAACGAGAUACUAGUCAAGUUCACUGAUUUGCAAGACCUAAACUUGAAGUGUGUUGGUGAGGAUGUGUUCCAAUUGGACUUCACCGAUGCCAAUUCCACCCCCAAGAGCUUGCGCUUUGAUAUGUCGUACAGGAUUUUGAGCAGCGAUGGCCUAUCCGGAGACUUCAGGAGUGACAGCAUGGACGAACCGGAGUUUCUCCAGGAGGUAGCAGGACUACUCAGGGAGUGAGCCAGUUUAGUCGAUAAUUCUAUUAGUAUUUAGCGGACCAUGAGUUAUAAUAAAAUCACAACCAGCACUCUCAAAAUUGGUGUAGACGCACACCAUAGACGACAUUUCCUAAGAACCUACCUGAAGUGAGCCAUCUACUUUAAU